AUGAAGGAGUACAACAAACAUUUCAAUCCAAACGAGCGGUGUGUGUUUGUGGAACGGGCGCUUGGCAGCGAGUCAUUCUUCCGCUACAAUGUCAUUGAGAAGCCGAAGGACGUCGAGGAUGACAAGCUUCCACUGGACGAGCUGCCAGGCCGCAUGGCGGUCCAAAAGCUCUUCCGGCAGCGCAAGUGGAUCAAGGGAUGGACCAUACUCCUCACUGGCACCGACAAGGGCACUGACGGCCUUUCCAUGAGCAGCCCAUAUUUUCGAGAAUAUCGCGCCGGAGACUACAUCAACUUUCACACCGACGUGGGCACUGAGAGGGGAAACCUGAAUCGAAAGUUCUGCUUCAACUACUGGACGCCGUCGCCCGGCUGGAACCCUGACUGGGGAGGCAGUUUCGUUUGGUGCGGCGUGGGGGUGCAGAACCCACAGGGGACUGGGGGCUACUUCCCAACGGCGUUCCGGGCGCCCACCCGCUACAACCAAGUGGGCAUGUUCGUUCCGUCACGAUGGAGGACUCGUGGCACAUCGUCGACCGGGUGA